GAACAUCCAACUACCCCAAUUACCUUUAAAUACUAGUAUUCCUAUCACAUCUAAACUCAUCACCCUUUUUUACAUCUAACAAUGGCUUCUGCUUCUUCUAAGAGUGCUUUCUUCACAUUUCUUCUAACCCUUACAUUUCUUUCCUUUUCUCACAUCGAAGUUUCUGAAGCACAAGCUACACCUCCUAUAGUAAAGGGACUAUCAUGGACCUUCUACGAUUCAAAAUGUCCUAAGCUUGAAUCUAUCAUCAGAACUGAGCUCAAGAAAAUCUUUGAUAAAGAUAUUGGCCAAGCUGCUGGCUUACUUCGCGUUCACUUCCAUGACUGCUUUGUUCAGGGUUGUGAUGGAUCAGUAUUAUUGGAUGGAUCAGCAAGUGGUCCAAGUGAGAAAGAUGCACCUCCAAACUUGACUCUUAGGGCUGAGGCCUUCAAGAUAAUCGAAAAACUCCGCAGCAGUGUCCAGAAGCAGUGCGGAAGAAUCGUCUCUUGUGCUGAUAUCACCGCUGUCGCAGCGCGUGACUCCGUUUUCCUCUCAGGAGGACCAGAUUACAAAAUUCCAUUAGGAAGAAGAGAUUCAUUAACAUUUGCAACACAAGAAGUAACAAAACAGAACCUUCCUUCACCAACAAGCAACACAACAACAAUCCUAAACUCACUCGCAACCAAAAACCUUAACCCAACAGAUGUAGUAGCACUCUCAGGUGGUCACACAAUAGGCAUAAGCCACUGCAGUUCUUUCACAAACAGACUCUACCCAACACAAGACACUGUCAUGGACAAAACCUACGGCAAAAACCUUAAACUCACUUGUCCUACUUCCACCACAGACAACACAACUGUUCUGGAUAUCCGUAGUCCUAACAAGUUUGAUAACAAAUACUACGUCGAUCUUAUGAAUCGUCAGGGUCUUUUUACCUCGGAUCAGGAUUUGUACACUGAUAAGAGGACUAAGAGUAUUGUUACUGAUUUUGCUGUGAAUCAGUCUCUUUUCUAUGAGAAAUUUAUUGCUGCUAUGCUUAAAAUGGGUCAGUUUAAUGUUUUGACUGGAACUCAAGGAGAGAUUCGUGCUAAUUGCUCUGCUAGGAAUAAGGAUAGCAAAUCUUUCAUUGCUUCUGUUGCUGAAGAUGUGGUUGAAGGAUUUUUGGAAAUGUAAUAAAUUAUAGCAAAUCUUUGUUUCUUGUUUCUAGAGGUUAGUUUUAUCAUGAUGUAAUAAUGUUCCUUACUUUUACUAAAGUAAUGGAAAAAUCUAGGUGAGUGCUUUAGCAUUUUGCAUACCUGUUGUAAGAAUGUUAAUUUGGAAAAAUAAAAGCUUGUGUUGCAUUUUUUUAAUUUUCUUUUCCGUCUCAA